AUGGAACUUAAUCCCACAAGCCCAUCAAAGACUACUCCCCUCGCGGAUCGUUCCACAAACAUCCUCCUCUCGAACACGGUUCCCGCCGGAGUGGCGCCUCCGAUGACAACUGGAGACUGCAGCGCAGACCUUAAAGCUGCAACCGUAAUGUCGAUGGAAUAUCACAGACAAGUGUUGAAGGAGAAGCUGGAGAACGGGAAGAGUGAGAAGGGACACUAUAUCUCUCCCUCUGAUGGAAUCAUGAGCCCGUGCACCAAGAAGCUGAGUGACUUGAAGGGAAAACGGUAUAAGAAUGCCGGCAAACCACAAACUCUCUUCGCAAAGGCUAUCAACAAGAAGCCCGUUGAGAAGAAAGAUGAAAGUUGA